AUGGCGUCUGGCGUGACAGUUUCGGACGCAUGUAAAAUGACGUACGAAGAGAUAAAGAAGGACAAGAAACACCGCUACGUGGUGUUCUAUAUUCGGGAUGAGAAACAGAUCGAUGUGGAGACGGUGGGCGAGCGUAAUGCUGAGUACGACCAGUUCCUCGAAGAUUUGCAGAAAGGUGGCACCGGAGAGUGCAGAUAUGGUCUUUUCGACUUCGAAUACACGCACCAGUGCCAGGGAACGUCGGAGGCUAGCAAGAAACAGAAGCUAUUUCUUAUGUCAUGGUGCCCCGACACCGCCAAGGUCAAGAAGAAGAUGUUGUACUCCAGCUCCUUUGACGCGCUGAAGAAGUCCCUGGUGGGCGUACAAAAGUACAUCCAGGCGACCGACCUCUCGGAGGCUUCGCAAGAGGCCGUCGAGGAAAAACUUCGCGCCACCGAUCGCCAAUAA